AUGGCCAGUCGCAUCCGUCCUACGUCCGCCCCGGUGGCAUCUCCCAAGAUAGACCCGGAUUCCGAGGAUGCUGCCAGCGCCGCAGCGUUGUAUGUAACACAGCCGCAGAGAACUGGAUUCCGGACUUCAAGUGGUUUGCGGCCCACAGGGAGCAAACGGUCGUCGAAGGAUGUGGGCGGCUAUGACCUAGCAUCAGCAGGCGCAGCGGCUAGUUAUGCUUCACGUGGCAGCUACGCUAAGCAGGAGCAAAGCAAUGCGCCGGAGCCUUCGUCCUUGGAUCUAUCCGGUGCUUCCGGUGAAGAGCCGUUGAGCGCGGCUUCGAAGGCUGCCUCCAAAUCCCUCCGGGACAGCGGGGUAUCGGGUUUAGGCGAUGAGCCCAUCAAGGAGAAGGGUCCCGACGCAAGGACUGCCGCAACUGGCGCCAUGUCAACCAGUCGCAGGCGAGUCGAAUCUAUGGCGGAUGCUCCCGACGGGGUUUCGGAUUUAACCGGGGCACUCUCUGCGGCUACGAUAAGCCAUCGAGGUUCCCAGCACGGAAGACCCAAGACAGAAAAAACGGUGGAGUUCCAGAUAACCCCUAAGAGGGCUUACAACCCUGCUAUCACCAAUGCUCGGAGGGAGAUGUAUACAUCUCACCCACCUGUGUCAGUCGUAGUUGAGGAGGAACAGAGAAGGAAGGCCCUGCAAACUGCUGCCGUUUCAAUGGCACAACAGAUCUAUGCGAUUAUACCAAAGACGGAUGAUGCGAAGGAUAUGGAAACCUCAAGUUACACCAUGGAUGAAACGGAAGAACAAGCACCACGCCGUCAAGAGUCGCAGCGAAGAAGGGGGGAAGGCGAGUCAGGUGGUUUGGCUGCCGGGAUGCGUGGCAACAUGUACCGUCCGCGCUCGCAAUAUUUUGCUGCAACGAAGGUCAGGCCAUUAUCAUCUAGCACAGCAGAUAGUGGUCGAUACUUUGGAGAUCGUCGUAGACGGUCCCGGCGCGAGUCCCGAAAUGGCAAAUCACAAGCUGAAUAUGACGAAGCCGUCAUGGCUGCUGCACGGAAAAAUGUGAACAGGAUGAUGGACAACAUUGAUAAUCACAUAUACAACUACUCUUCGCGUCCGUCGCCAGCCAUGAUGAAAGAAUGGGAACGUACGGCCAAUGAACGUGUAUUAGCGCACCGUGAAUCUGCAGCAUUUGAUGUCGGUCCGGAGCAGCUAAGGGGCGAAGAACGGUUGGUGCCACCGAAAAACGUGGAGGAUGUGGCAAGGGCUAGAGUAAGGCCAGCUCUACACAACAUCGACGACCGGGUCGCUGCUCGAAAGGCAAGAAAAAUAACGGAUAAGCUUGACGAGGAACGCCAUCGGCGGUGGGUAAGCGUGCAGCGAUCAAGGGACAAGGAGGCCCAUGAAAUUAACAAGAUAAUAGUCGGCAGGAUAAGAGACCCUAAGAGAAAAGCAAGAUCAUGGGGUACGAAGGAAAAAGAGGGAACAAAGCGCCGCUAUGACUCUGAUGAAGAAGAGCAAUCGACCUGGCCUUAUCCUCCCAAGCGUGCUAGCCAUGAUGUACAGAAGGAAGAACCAAAGGAAGAACCAGAAUCAAAGGAAGAAACAAUAUUCCAAAUCCUCAACGAGAGUAGGGUGGAUACACACGUUCCACAGCGCCCACCAACCCCUCCUGAGCAAGCUGGUGAAUCAUCUAAACCAGUGAUUCCAGAAGUUAAGGCCGACGACGCUGCCCUGGAACAGGAAAGCGCCGUUGCUGAAGAGGCUACGAAGGAAGAGACUGCCGUGACAGAGCAAGCUGGGUCCCAGGCUAAACAUGUACGCAAGCAUAGGGCGGUCCAUAAAACAUGGAUUAAAAAACCACAGGACGCUGCGGCGAGCGAAGAUGAGCCACCCCGGCAGGUGGAGCGUAUAGAAGAACGGAUCAUCACGGAGAUCGAAAAGGAGCGCCCUUCAACUCCCAUCCAGGCUGCAAAUACUCCCAUGGCCUCCGGCGCAUUGGAAGUUCCUGAAAGUCCCCGCUAUGCACCUUCGAGCCACUGGAGUAGCUCAAACGAAAGCGGGCCAGGCUCUGGUCGCGGAAGCCCUGGAUUGCAAAAACAAGAUGAGUCAAGCAAGUCAAAGAAACGACUUGGGUUUCCGCAUCUGUUCCACCGCCAAAGUCGACGCGAUACGUCGGGGAGCCAGGGUUCGUUCGCCGUCAAUAGACGCUCUGUGCCAGAAGGCAUGCCUCAGAUCAGUCUUCCUAGCCAGCCAACGGCUGAGCCUAGCUUGAAAACACCUGGAUCAAGGCUCUCUAGGUUCCAAGAAAAUUUAUAA